CAGGGGAAAUGUGAACUGUCAGAACGAGUUUUUUUCUCUCAUCAGUCAUCGUUAAAAGUCAUUCGCAAAAGUAGGGAAAAAAUUGAACAAAAUUUAGAAUAAAAUCGAUCUCUGGAGACGAAAAAAUGUCGGCGAUUCGAUUAUUCUCGGUGGCUCGAAGUGGAUUGAGUUUCGUAAAGCCACAAUUUGCCAUUGCAUCUAGAGGAUACGUUACUGAAACAGGUCUAUCAAAGCCGAGCGACAAUCAAGAAUUGGCAGAUCCACGACGAACCGAUGAGGGUUACAUCUACGUAAACAAUGUCGAAACUGACAUGAGCUAUGAGGCUUUGACCGAACGUGCGAGUUCAACCAUCUUUAUGACAGAGCUUAUUCGUGGUAUGGGCGUUGCAUUAGGCCAUUUCUUCAAAGAACCAGCAACAAUCAAUUAUCCAUUCGAAAAGGGUCCAUUGAGCCCACGGUUCCGCGGUGAACAUGCACUUCGAAGAUAUCCCAGCGGUGAAGAACGUUGUAUCGCCUGUAAAUUAUGUGAAGCUAUUUGUCCAGCUCAAGCCAUAACCAUUGAAGCUGAAGAACGAUCUGAUGGCAGCCGAAGAACCACAAGAUACGAUAUUGAUAUGACAAAAUGUAUUUACUGCGGAUUUUGUCAGGAAGCUUGUCCCGUUGAUGCUAUCGUUGAAGGACCCAACUUCGAAUUUUCAACAGAAACCCACGAAGAGUUGCUAUACAAUAAAGAAAAAUUGCUUUGCAAUGGAGAUAAAUGGGAAUCAGAAAUUGCUGCUAAUAUCUAUGCCGAUCAUUUGUACCGCUAAAAAGGGACGGAAAUGUGAAAAACCUCUAUUCUGAGACGGUGAAAAUCAAUAAAUUCUAGAAUUGUUUGAAAAAAAGAAAAAGCGAUUUUCGUGCACAA